UAUUWCGAUUGCCUGCUUCGUGCGAUAUAAUAUCCACUUCAUUGCAACUACGCUACWAGAUCAGCUUACAAUUACAUAACAACACGACCAUGUUCAUCAGUCGUAGYUUCGUGSCAAUUGUGGUCAYGGCUUGCCUUCUCAUCACGACAAACGAUGCCUUUUCGACACAUUCGCUGCCGCAGGCUKCCAUCCGUUCACGACAGGGACAAUCGGUUGCGCAUUCGUCCCUCUACGCCGGAAAAGGAGACGCAACUCURAAGCGAGURUCCGAAGAAGACGAGGGCGUUCCGAUUCCCUUYUUGGACCGAUCCCAGAACAGCUUUAUUGAAUGCUACGCAGAUUCGAUCAUCACGGUCGAUGGCGUSGAGUACACGAUUGGCGUUCCCUGUGAUUACUGUGUCGCCCUGUGCUAUUUCGAGGGCGAAAACCUGCUUCCAGUGGAAUUGGACGAUGAUCUCAUGGACGAUAUCUUUCCCAUCGCCGAAAACAUUGUCGAGGAAGAAUUCGAAGAAGAAUUGACCCUGCAACGAACACCCCAAACACUGACCCUUGUCGGAGAAUUGGAGGACGACGAUGAAGAGCUAGAAGACGACGAUGACGACGACGAUGACAGCGAUGAGGAGCAGGUUGAAGUGUUGAUGACGUUCGAUCACCGAGGCAAAGAGUUCAAUCUUGUUAGGCUGUUGGAUCCGGUUCUSUUGGUUGGGAAGCCCGAUGCCGAUCGAGCCGACUUGCGGAUGCUUUUGACUCCCAAGGAAUCCGAAAAAAUAAUGCCCAUUCUCGAAAAGACGUUCUUAAMCUUUCACGACGAUGUACUGCCGUGAGCGGGGAGCUGCCGUCGGAAUCUAUCAUUGGCCAUAGCAAACGUAGGGACGGAAGAGCAGAAUCAAUAAUAUACUUUCUCAUGU